ACUGUCAGUGUUCCAGCUGCUUUGUUUCUCUCCCAUUUUACCAGGAUUUCUCCCUGCAAACAGCUCUGUAUCUGUUAUAAUGUUAUAUAAUUAUAUACAGUGAAGCAGCGAUGAUCUGACUGAGUGUAAAUAGCAUUUAACCAGGAGCACUUUGGGGUGAAGUGUCUCAGGGACACAACGACAUGCUGACUGCAGUGGGGUUUGACCCCCUGAUCCCAACACCAACGCACAACCCACUGUGCCACACACCUCCUUAUACUUCUCAGAGUAUAGUGGGACAACAAUAAGCUUCUGUUCCUGCGAUGCAUUCACUGUCUCAGGAGAUCCAGGGUUUCUCCAAGAGCCGUCUGAAGAAACAGUGCACGAGGGUAACCACGGUGACCGGCAGGAGGCUGCUGGAGAGGAGGGGGGAUGGAGAGGAUGAUGAUGGAAGAGGAGUAGAGGAAGAGGAGGAAGGAGCUGCGUUUGGAUUUGUAGAAGAUACAAGUCUGGACCUGCAGGUGGGCGUCGUGAGACCCUUCAUACUGCUGGGUUCUCAGGAUGCAGCGCACGAUGAAGAAACCCUGCAGAGGCUUAAGGUGACUCACGUUCUGAACGUAGCGUACGGAGUCUCUAACCUGCUCCCAGAUCAGCUGGUUUAUAAAACGCUGCAGAUCCUCGACAUCCCCGAAACCAACAUCACGUCGUACCUGGAGGAGUGCAGCGGCUUCAUCGAGCUAGCACGACAACAGGACGGAGUGGUUCUGGUCCACUGUAACGCGGGCGUGUCUCGCUCCUCCUCCGUCGUGAUUGGCUACCUGAUGUUGAGGGAGGGGCUUACCUUCAAUGAUGCGUACAGCCAGGUGAAGCUGGCCAGACCCUCGACUCGCCCAAACCCCGGCUUCUACCAGCAACUCCAGACCUACAAACCAUAGAUUCAAAAGAUUCAGAGAUUCAAAGGUUUUAUCAUCAGAAGCUACAGAGUAGAAAUGGCAAUGAAACUCUUCUGACCUGAGCUCCUCCAACAAUGCAACAUAUAAAAUACAAAUACAAAUAGUGCAAGAAGUCUAAAUACAUUAAAUAAUGUACAUUAAGACAACAUUAAAUACGGUUUAUUGCAGUGAUAACUAUUUAUAUAAAUAAGUAGAUUGCAACAGAUUAAUGUUUUAGACGUGCACUCUUUCUGUCCACCAGGGGGCAGCAGAGUCAAGCUGAAACACGCAGGACUCCUUUGUUUACUCCCUGAACACAGUGACAUCACCACGGAACACUCACGCUCCUAUUGGCUAGCGCUGCAACACAUUGUACGUGAUAGGCUAAGGAGGCGGGACAUCUCUAAGCUGUGGACCAAUCACAACAACAGCAGAAUUCUCCGUGGGUUUGUCAAUUGAUCCUUUGUUAACCUUAACAUCUUCAUUAGUAACUCAAUCUUGAGAGGAAGUCGUGAAAAACUACGUACAGAAUUAAUUUUAUCGUGGAAAUGUCUUUAUAAGCAUUUUUCAGUUUUUCGUGUAAUAAGUACAACACUAAUAUCUAAUGUCAUUGUUGAUAUUUGCUUUAAUAAAUCAACAUUUAUUCAAA